AUGUGUAACAAGGAGCCAUCAGCAAUCGUCCAUUUCGAGACUAUGUCUGCAUAUCAAGGUGAUGAGGAAGUAACUGAUAUCCAGGUAUUGCACAGAGUCUUCUGGAGUUAUUACCCCUGCAUUAGAGGGUUCAGACACUGCAAGCCAGUUGUCCAGGUUGAUGGGACUCACUUGUACGGAAAGUAUAAGGGUUGUUUGUUGGUCGCAGUUUCACAGGAUGGUAACAAUAAUAUCGUCCCUAUUGCGUUUGCAAUUGUGGAGGGGGAGACUUCUGAUGCAUGGCACUUUUUCCUUAGUAACCUGCGACAACAUGUUGUGACUCGGGAUGGUGUGGGACUGAUUUCUGACAGGCACGAAUCCAUCAAUGCAGCUAUUGCCCGGAGCAACGGAGCUUGGUCGCCCCCGAGAGCAUUCCACAUGUUUUGCAUCAGGCAUAUAGAGUCGAACUUCUUGAGAAAGUUCAAGGCACCGUACCUACAAAAACUUGUGGUCAAUAUAGGUUAUUCGAGGACGGUGCGUGAGUACGAACAGCGCUACCAGCGUUUACGUGAACGGGGCGAGGCAUAUACGAACUGGCUUAACCGAAUCCCACGCGAACAGUACGCGUUGGCGUAUGACGGUGGCUACCGCUGGGGUCACAUGACGACAAACCUAGUGGAAUGCAUCAACUCAGUGUUGAAGGGGGCACGCAAUCUUCCUAUAACUGCACUUGUCAAAGCCACAUUCUACAGGCUUAACGAGUUGUUCACUAGAAAAAGAGCCGAGGUGGAGUCGCGGAUAAUAGCUGGACAUGUUUUUUCUGAGGUUGUCACGUCGAAAUUGAAUGCAAAUCAACUUGCAUGUUCAAACAUCCAGGUUAAUUGCUUCGACAGGAUGAAUGAGGUCUUCGAGGUUCGUGAGAUGCCAGGUGGAACUGAGUAUGCCGUCGACCUCCGUCAACAACGAUGUGACUGUGGUGAGUUCCAGGUGGAUCGGAUUCCCUAUCGACAUGUUUUUGCAUGUUGUGCGAAUCAGCGACUGGAUUGGCGAGUGUAUGUCCACGAAGUUUACAAGAUGGACCAAGUUCGGAGGGUUUACCGAGCUAGGUUUCGGCCACUGGGGAAUCCCACAACGUGGCCUGUGUACAGCGGCCCUCGAUUUGUCCCGAAUCCGAACCUGAGACGGGUGACGAAAGGUCGCCCGAGGAUGACACGUUUCUUGAACGAAAUGGACACACGAAUGUUACGUGCUCCUAGGCGUUGUCGGCAAUGUGGAGCCGAGGGACACAGCCGAAGUAGAUGCUGUCGGUCAGCUGGUGUAGGUCCCAGCAACCCAGGACAGUAG